GCAACUCAACAUGGCCGUGUUGUUUACCGAGUUUGAGAAGGCAAAGGACCAGCAGGCGAAACUCAUGGAAAGGACCGAGUACCAGCUCGUAUCAGAAAUGUCGUUUGGAUUUCCGAUUCGUACAAUCGGUCGGCUUGAGAAUGCCCCUGGUGUGAAAGCGUUGAUGACCCGAGCGAUAAAACUAGCCAACAAUCGCAGCGACGUUGUCGUGCAAUCGGCGGCCGGGCGGCGGAUACUUUCGUGGCGACGGCGAGUGUCCCGGUUCGUUGUGUCCAAGCGCUUUGUCAACUGUGGUGUCGCCGCAACGGUGGCCAACAUCGUAGUGUUGGCUGUGGACCAUCACGACAUUCCAGUCUCAACCAAACAGGCGUGCGAGAUCGUCAAUUUUACGUUCAUGAUGUACUUUGGCGUGGAGUCGGCGCUCAAGAUCUUCGGGAUGGGCUUUACCCGGUUCUGGAGGGACAAAUUCAACCGGUUCGACUUGCUUACGUUUGUGAUGGGAGUCAUCGAAGCCGCGGUGAACCCGCCGUCUUUCGUGGACGGCACGGUUGGCUCGUCGGGGUUCUUCACCGCGUUUCGCGCCGCCCGAGUGUUCAAGUUGGCGCGGAUGUGGAAAUCGUUGAACCAGUUACUGUCGGCAAUUCUGCAAUCGCUGGGCGAGAUCCUGAACUUUAUGCUGUUUCUUGUCUUGUUUCUGCUCAUCUUUAGCCUCGUGGGGAUGGAGCUCUUUGCAACGCGAUACCAGUUCAACCCGGACAACUACUCGAUGCCGUUCAACAAUUCGAACCCCCAAACUCGCCUCCACCGGUCCAAUUUUGACUCGCUGCCGUGGGCCGCGUUCACGGUGUUCCAGCUCCUCACGUACGACAAUUUUCCCGCAGUCAUGUACGAUGGAUGGAUAUCUGUCGGCGCGUGGUCCCCCGUGUACGUGUCGAUCGUGAUAGUCCUCGGCGUGUUCAUUGUGAUGAACAUGUUCUCGGCCAUUCUCGUUCAAAGUGUCAUGGACGGCAAUGGCGACGUAUUGAGCGAGCCAAGCGACGACGACGACUUCGCCGUCGACUCGCAAAGCAACGGCACUUCUAGCGUAACUUCUCCAUCCUCUACGAACGGGAAUGACCACCGAAGGACGUCCAUUGGGCUCAAAAGCGCACGUAUCACGAAAAAAGCCAUGCGGAAACUCCUGCGUCUGCAUCUCCUCCAUGCAUUCCAGCCACCACGCCACCAUGCGCAUGGACCGCCUGCUCAUCUAGUCCACGGGGGGAAAAGCCUCUUCCUCUUUUCCCACAAAAAUCCCGUCCGUUUGUUCUGCUGCCGUCUACUCAAUCGACGUGAGUACACGUGGGUGAUGAGCACCAUCAUCUUUGUGUCGUGCGUGGGGACAGCGCUCGAUUCGCCCCUGCAAGACUCGACGACGGGCCUUGGCCUCGUCCUGGACACGUCCAACUUGGUCUUUGCCGUGUUGUUUUCCAUCGAAAUGGCACUCAACGUGAUCGCGCGGGGUCUGCUGUUUGGCCCGGACGCGUUUGUAAAGGACUCGUGGCGGCUCCUCGACGGCUUCAUCGUGUUCGUGUCACACAUGUUUAAGGACACGUGA